UUUAAAACUUGGUCACAUUGCUAGUUUAUUUACAAUUUAACAAUUUUGUGAAAAGGAAAGAUAAACAAUAAAUAGAAAAUACUAUGCCUAAAGUAGUUUCUCGUAGUAUCAUAUGCUCCGAUACGAAAGAUCAGGAAGAGUACAAUGAGGAAAAACCGCUUAACAUUUAUUACUGCUUGUGCAAUAAGAUGGCUUUGAUUUUAGACUGUUCCUUAGAGCAGCUUCCGCUACGAGAAAUUGACAAUGCACGUGUAAUAAAUGCUACUGAGCACGCCAACAAACUGACAUACAAUCCCACGCCGAGGAUGAUCUAUAUCAAGCGCAAGAGCAGAGGGAAUGCCAUUGAAAAACAGUAUCGCUACAAGUGUCGAAGCUGCAAUUUGCCACUUUACUAUCGCCAUAGCCCAGACUCUAAUGUGACGUUUGUAAUGUUCAAUGCCCUCAUGCGAAACAAAGGGGAUAAGCCCCUAGCUAAAAUUCUAAGCACCAGCUCCGAAGCUAAGAGCAAAACUUCAUCUUCCACACAAGCAGGUACGGCAGCCGUAGGGGAAGAUUCCGGCAUUGUUGAUGCCAGUGGAAAGAAGGUUAUGGUCACAAGGCACACUAAGAACAUGGGCAAGUUCAGUUCGGUUACGGUAUCCACCAUCGACGAGGAAGAGGAUGAAAUCGAAGCGCGUGAAAUUGCCGAUAGUUAUGCGAACAAUGCUCGGAUUAUUGAAAAGCAGCUACAGCGCAAGGGAGGAAAGCUUAGUGACGUUGGGAUCAAAGGAAAGACAGAGGAUGCGCCCCCACAAAAGAAACAGCGAGGCACACUAUUAGAAAGAUAAUGAAUUCCCAAAUAAAUUUUAUAAUAAGUCUAAUUGAGCAUUAUUAUAACUAAAAAAAGGCAUAUGAGUAUUCUGAUUUCA